AUGUCCGCAUCUGCUUUCAAAAUUGAAGAUAUCUUUGGUGUCAAGGGAAAGAUCGUUGUGGUGACCGGUGGAGGCACUGGUAUCGGUAAAGCCCUUACUGCGGGGUUCGCCCAGAAUGGUGCCAAGGUGUAUAUCAGUGGACGAAGGAAGGAAGUACUGGAGGCUGCUGCCAAGGAGAUUGGUGGUGACAUCGUCAGCAUUCAAGGUGAUGUAUCUACGAAGGAAGGAUGUAAAGCAAUUGCGGAUGCCAUUUCAGCAAAGGAGUCCAAGGUUGAUGUAUUAAUCAACUGUGCGGGUGUUAUGCGUCCAUGGAAAUCCAGCAUUUCUGAUCAUGACGAUCCCGAUCAAGUAGCUAAUCUCUUAUGGGAUGGACAUGAUGACGAUGAUUUUAACUACUCCAACUCCAGUCCCUAUUUCGUCACUGCUGCCCUUGUCCCACUCUUAAGGAAGUCUGACUUCCCAAGCGUUAUCGUUAUCGCAUCUAUCGCCGGUCUUGCCAAUCAGAGAGCAAUGGGUACUGUGUCAUAUGGCGUGACUAAGGUAACUAUUCAUUUGGGUAAACUACUUGCUGGUCGACUUCAUCCACUCAAGAUCCGAGUCAACACUAUUUGCCCGGGUAUCUUCCCGUCCGAGAUGACUGGAAAAUCUGACAGUGGAGAAGGGCAUGAAUACAACCUCGCCGAUGGAGCUGCAAAAGCCGCCAAGCGAUCUACAGUCGGACGACCUGGUCUGCCCGAAGAAAUUGUUGGUCCAGUCCUCCUCCUUAGUAGUAGGGCAGGAGGCUAUAUGGAUGGAGCUCUCCUGACUGUAGAUGGAGGUCGAUUAAUGGGCGCUGGUAUCAACGAUGGUCUUAGAAUACCUGAGGAUCACUAUAUUAAUUAG